AUGAUUAUUCUCUUUUACCUUGUUUUAUUGUCUUCAAGUUUCGAGCGCCGCAGCACUAUGCCGUUGCCCGGGAUGGAGGGGAAGUUUAUCGCCAAAGGCCAAUUUGAAGGCAAAUCAAUCGCUGUGUUUACCAGUGGCGGAGAUGCGCAGGGUAUGAAUUCAGCCGUCCGGGCUGUUGUGAGGAUGGGCAUUUAUUGUGGCUGCAAAGUUUACUUCAUUCGAGAGGGAUACCAGGGGCUUGUGGAUGGUGGAGACAAUCUUGUCGAGGCCACCUGGGCUGAUGUUUCUGGAAUUAUGCAAACAGCAAGUUGGAUUUUAUUUUCCUCUUAA